AAAAAGAAAGAAGAGUCUGAAUAAAGAUGAUUAUUAGCACACAUAAUCAACGUGCUCCUACAUUGGUGACCCUGUGAUAUUUUUUAUAUUUUUUUCCUUUUCCUUUCAUUUUUAUUUAAUACAUGCUCCUACAAUAAUAAUAAUUUUAUUAUGGCGUUAUUCCAAUCGGAAUAAUUCGCCAAGAAUAUUGAUAUUAAAAAAAUUAAAAAUUAAAAAUUAUAAUUAAAGAAUAAUAGAAAAUUGCCUAAAAAUAAAAGAAAAUAAAGUCUGGAGUGUUAUGUGUGUUGUUGUUUGAGUGAAUUGUAAAUGUACAGGCAUAGUUUUGUGAAGUUUAUGUGUUUUUUGUUUUGGAUAAAGUCGUGUAAUGUGUGGACAUCUUGUAAAUUUAAUUCAAUUUUUACGUCGGUGUAAAGUGGGCAUUGGAUGAGUAUGUAACUUGUAUCUUGUAAAAUGGUUAGCACUAACCUUUGUGGGUGAGCAUUGCAGGUUAGCACUAACCAAUUUGGGUUAUAAUCCUAACCUUUUUUGGUUAGUAUACUAACCCUACUUUCUUUUCUGUGUCGAAUCAUGUGACUGCCGAAUUCUACCAAUAAGAACUUUUAAUGUAAAAAUAGGAGAAAUUUAAGAAUGUCCAGUUUUUAUGUAUCGUUCAGACACCACAGUGGUGGUCAAGGUAAUGUUGCCACCUUUGUUUAGUUGGGAAUGUCAGGCUAUAACCUGAAAGAAUGUGAGCAAAAACAACAAACGAUGAGACGGAAAAAAUGGGUGCCAAUACUUCAAGUCAAUAUUUUGGUUCAUAUCAAAGUUCCGAUUCAAAAAGUUCCAUUUCAACAUUCGACACAAUCACCGAUGUCACCUGUUCAUCAAUAAGUGCCAAUAAUACCAAUAAUAAUCAACAUCAUGGAUUAUUUCUUAAUACCAGUGAAUCAACAGUUAAUUCACUAGGCUUAAUAUUCAGCAGUAAAGAUAAAAAAUUAAAAAAAUUGAAACAAAAAAUUAAAACUAAAUUGAAAAAAUGUUCUCAUCAUUCUCAAGUGUUUAUCGAGUUUGCACAAUCAUUAUCCACACAAGAAUUAGCACAGAUUUAUAAUGAAUAUCGUGCAGCAUUUUUUAUGAAAGAAUUAUCUUUACAUGCAGAAAGUGCACGACCCAUUGCCUCAAGCAUUCGUAAUGAUCUCAGUGAAUUAUAUGAUUUGAAGCACAACAGUGAUAUAACAUUAGUUUAUAAAGGUGUUGAUUUCCCUGUACACAAAGCCAUCGUUUGCGUUCGUUGUCCAUAUUUCCGUGAAUUAUUAGGUAAACUACCUCAAGGAAGUACUGUAUCGGUUAAUCUUGACAUCAAAGGUCUUCGUGUUGAACUUUUCAAUGAUUUACUCAAAUAUCUUUAUUCCGGUGAAUUGGCCGGUUCAUAUGAUCCACGUAGUAAUUCAGCCUCAUAUGAAGCAUUGAUUCGAAUAAGCCAGCAAUGUGGUGUACCAAAUCCAUUAUCACACGAUCUUAAACAUUUACUUGAAACCGGAAUAUAUAGCGAUGCAUCGCUUUGCUUUCAAUGCAGCAAUGAUAAUGAUUCGAAAUCACAAUCAAAUUGUUGUUGCUGUGAGCAAACAGAAUUUUCGUGUCAUCAGGCCAUUUUGAGUGCACGUUCCCCAUUCUUUCGAAACGUUAUUAUUCGACAACAGAAACGAAAUUCUCUAAACAAAAAUGCUUGUCCGCAACGGAUGAAAAUCAUUUUGGAUGAAUCAAUCAUUCCAAGACGUUUGGGUAGAAUCUUGUUGCAUGUCAUGUAUCGAGAUUCGGAAAAUUUAUUGAAUUUAAUACAGUCUUCCAUAUGUAAAUGUCGUCAUCGAUUGUCCAGCCAAUCAUCAUCAUCAUCAUCAUCAUCAAAUUCGAAAGAAUCACAAUCAAUGAUAUUGGUAAAAGAAGUAAUGAAUUUGUAUGAAAUUGCCCGAUUUUUAGAAAUCGAUUUUCUUGUUCAAAGCUGUGAAGAUAUGAUAAUAAACUUUUUGAAUCUUGAGACUUUAUUAUUGAUAUUGAAAUGGAGUGAACAAUCACAUGGAUCGCCAUGGGUCAAACGUCAAGCGUUGACUUUUUUGAAAGAAGAAUUCUCUUCCAUUAUUUCUCAGCAUUCAUUGUUAUAUCAGUUAGAUUAUACUCAUCUACGUGAUGUAUUGAAAUCUGAUUUUCUUGAAGCCAGCGAAUUGGAAAUUUUAAAAUCUAUAAUUAAAUGGGGUGAACAUCAUGUCAUAAAACAACAAGAAGACCGUGAACCAAAUCUAUUACUUUCACAUAGUUUAACUAGAAAGAGUAUCAAGAAAAAGGAGAUUAAUGAUUCCAAACUUCACGAUUUAAUAUCCGAAUUAAUAGAUUUAGUUCGAAUCGGACAUUGUUUGCCUAUCGAUUCCGAUUUUUUAAUGUCAACAAUAAAAAGAGGUCUUAUACAACUACCAUUCUAUAUGGUGAAAAUUUCAGAUGAACAAGUGCCUUCAAAUAGAUAUGCAGCAUGGUUUCGAAACAAUAGUCAUUUUAUGAAACUUCGUUUUUUCACACAUUAUUUUGAUGAAUGUAAAUCACAACUUGAAGAAAAACUUGAACGUUCCAUUUCGUUGGAUGAAAAUAUUGAUAGUUUAUUCAUGAAGAUAAAACCAAAAUCAAAUACAUUUGUCGAUGCAAUGCCAGAUAAUCUAUACAUGUUGGAAAAGUUGAAUCUCGGAAACGAAAGUUUAAUAUCCGAUAGCGAUCUUACUCUGCCUAAUCCACAAUCAUUUCCUAAUUUUCAUUUUUGUCUCACAUCUACAUCAGAUUCAUCAUCAGCUAUUUGUUAUGAAGAUAUCGAUAAAGUACGGCCUAGUUUACCAAUUUUGGAGGAACGAAUCAUGUACAUGAUGCAUCAACGUGAACAAGAACUUCGAACAUCACCUUUCUGCAUUAGAGCGUUGCAAAUAUCACAUACAAGAUGUGAAGCGUUGCGAUUGAUUCAAUUACGUGUGGUCAGGGAAUUCGGAUUACCCGAUAUUGCCUGUGAAGUUUUACAUCUGAAAAAUUCACUAACGCCCAAGCAACGUAAUCUUCGACUUGAUUCGAAAGAUGAUGAUGAUGAUGACGACGAUGAAAGCAAUUCUAUGAUGAAGAUAAGUUCAUCAUUGAGAUUUUCAAAAAAUAAUAAUAGAACUGACAAUGAUAUAGAUAUUUUUGAUAGAAACGCAAUGCCGCCACCACCACUAAGACCAAUUACGACAAUGUUUGACAAUUCGUCUUCAAACAUUACAUCUGUUAGUCAAUGUGAUCCAUUCAGUUAUCAAAGUGAACUACGACUGGAAGAACUCACUUCGCAAUAUGAACUAGAAACACAGUUUUCGAGUACAGAGUCUCAUCGAACACUUAGCGAUUAUAUUCCUGAUAUUGCUUUUGUUGGUAAAGAGAUUUGAAGAAAUAUAUGUCAAAA